AUGAAUCAAACUAAAAGGCCAGCUAGUGCUGGAGUGACCAGAAAGACUUUUGCUCCGGAACCUGUGUUGUUCUAUCCUAACUUUAAAUCAACUACAGAAAUACCUAAAGAACUAUCCGAUGAGGCAGUUAUUAAAUAUAAUAGCAGACCAGCAUCUGCUAGUUGUGUAAAUAGAAUUUUCAAAAAGGAUAGUAUGAAACAGUCCAAAGAAAUUGAUAAAACUAAGUGCUUCCUAAGAAUUUCAACAUCUCCACUACCCUAUGCAAGAUCACCCUCUCCCUCACCAUCAAGUAAAAUUGUGGCAAGUAAUAAGAAUAUAACUAAUUCUAGGCCUACAUCAGCCUCUAGGUCAGCAGUUUCAAUAGCCAAGAGCAGCAGUACUUUCAAAAUAGGGCUAUCAAAUGAAAAUUUUAGAGAAAUAAUUGAAAAAAACAUGUUGGAACAAAAGAAAGGGAGACCCCCUUUUCAAAAAACAUUUACAACACAACUAGGACAGGAAUCAGAUGAUGAAAAUGAAGAUAACAAAUCUAGACAAGAAUAUAGCGGAGAUUUGAAACAUAAAAAUCCUAGACCAAGAUCGGCAGUAGUACAAAGUGCAAGGCCAUGGUCUUCAUCUACUUCCUCAUCAAUGCGAUAUUCAAAAAAAAGUAGAGUUACUGAAACACCAAGAUUUGCUGGAAGUCUACAGAAUGAGAAAUCAGAGAAACCCAUUGUAUCUGCAUCCCAACCUAAAUUUAGUAGAGUUUCUGAGCUGACCUCCCCUCAUGGCCUUUCUCGCACCUCGCUUCCCACAUCGGAAAGUAUUGAAAAGAAGGUCGCCAAUACUCCCAGAAAGUAUAGUAAUCUCAAACCUACACAACAGUACAGCUCCUCAUCAUCGUUUGAUAGUUCUGCUAGUAUGAAAAAGUCUACAUCUACAUCCUCUGUAAAAAAUCCCUCUCAAUCCAAUACUGCAAGUAAUAGAACCACCCCUUGUAUUGAAGAAGCUAGCGACUCUGAUUCUGAAGAAUUGGAUAUUAAACCAUAUGAAGUAGACUUGAGUGAAUUGAAAAUUGAUACUACCAAAAAGAAAGCUGAAGAAAAGAAACCAACCCUAUCACGAACAGGAAGCUUUGUUUCCAGUAGAAGCAGUACCCCAUCGAGUACCCCAACAAACUUUAAUGCUACAACGAGUCAAUUGAAUAUAACUGUAGCCCUCAAUGAAAAAUCCCAACCUAGCUCCAAAACAACGACACCUCAAAACAAACAAACUCCAUCUUCAUCCAGUAAUAGAAGACAGAGUGUUUUUAAAUCAUCUGCACAAUUCUCAUCGGAAACAUUCGGCUUAGGGGAGGAGUUUGAGUCAGCCCUAAUGGACUCUACUGCUGUCCUUAAAACCCACAUUCUCGCCCUUCCUAAAACUAAAAAUCAGUUACAGAGAAGUCCUUCUAGCAAAAAGAUGGGAAUUCAUUCCUCACCACAGAUUAGAAAUGACUUUUUAUUGUCUCGAAACAAGUUUAACACAACCAGUUUUGCAAAAGCAGCAGAAAGGCAAAACAAGGCGUUUACCAAUCUGAUCAAAUCAGAUAAGCAGAAAAAUAACCAACUUGAGGUGGAAGAAAUUCAAGAAACGGUAACCUCCAUAAAUCUGAUGGAAAAGGAAAUUGUCUACUCAACGAUAGAUAUUCCUAUCACAUUCCAUGAAGAUGAAAAUAUACGAAUAGAUCUUAACAUUCCAAUAAUUGACACUAAGGGAGGCUCUGAUCAAAAACCAAAAGAAAAAUUAACAGAUUCUAAAACCUUCCAAUUCAGUAAUAUCACAAAAUCCAUCAAUCAAGUUAUGGACAGUUGGGGUAAUAAUAUUCAAACUAGUCAAGAGAAACAAAUAUAUGAUUCAGUUAUCAAUGAUGCUCAGGCCAUUGAAAAAAUGGCUGAUUUAAAACAAUCAGUCGAACUCAUUAGUGGCUACGGAUCUAAGGCUGCAAUGAAAACUGCAAAGAAAAACAGUGAAGAAAUUUCAAGAUAUAUUAUAGAACAAAAUCCAUCGUUUUUUGGUUUCGAAGUUAGUAAAACUUUUUUGGAAGAUUUUACUCAAAAAAAGCAGGUUGAAACAGAAGAUGAUAUCAUCAAUAUAAUUAAGAAUUUUAAGCAAGAUAUUACACAGACUAAGAAUGAUACCAAAUCUAGUGAUUCUGAAGAGGAAGCUCAUUUUUCUAAAAAAGCUGCUGAGCACAGACCACUUACACUAGGAAAGGAAAAGAGACGAAAAAUCAACCAAAAGAUUCUUGAUGAAAGGAUUGCAGAAAUUAAAAAAUACUCUUGGAAGUAUACAGAGCUAGAGAAUAGAGUAAAGGAAAUUAAGAAGGAGAUGAAGGAAAAGGAAAAGAAACUAAAUAUCCAAGAUCAUAUCAAGUUAAAUACUGCCAGGCAAUCAUUCGAGUCAAUACAAUCAAAGAAGGACUGUGUAAAAGAUAAAUUCGCAGACAGAAGAGAAAGAGCCCUGGUCACUUUUCAAGAACAAGAGAAGAAACGGUUUGAAAUACUUGAAACCAAAUUUGAAGAAAAGGAAAAAAGGAGACAAAAUGCAACAAGUGAGAAAAUGUCCAAACUUUACAAACAGAAAAUGUGGAAACUGCAAAAGACUUGGUUUCCUAUUAUCAAAUUCUCUCUAUUUAUUACCCAGCUAAGCGAACCAAUGCUCAAAGCAAGACAAGUCAGAAAACACAAUGCAGACGUGGAAUGGGCCCACUGCAUUAUGAAAAAGAGACUCUUGCCUUACAUUCUUAAAAGAAGGGAGCAGAGACAAAAAGCUGCUCUCGAAGUUAUUCGUAAAAAUUGGCUUAUCUAUGUCAUUAACUUUAGGGUUAGACGGAGGAAACGUGCUGCCAACCUUAUUGAAAGAUUUAUUAAUGACAUCAACAAGACGAGUAGAAUUGUUAGAGCUGUAUCCAGAUUCGUUACAGCAGUCAAGAGAGUUCAAAGAUUUAUUAAGCACUUUUUGUUUAAGAGAAGAAUACAUUUGUACAUUCUUAAUGAACAGUACAAGCGAUGUGAGAGAGACCUUAUUAAGAGCAUAGCUAAGGAAGAUUUCCAAGAAGUGAGAUUUAAAAUUGUUGAUGUCUUGAAAAAGAUGAAGGAAACAGCAUUCUUUGAAGAACCAGUAAAUGCCACAGAAACCAGAGCUAUUCAAAGAAAACAAAAUGCCUCUCCCACACAUAAUGCCAACAGUGGAUUUUCAGAUGAUACAAGUGGCGUAAGGAGAACCAAAUUAGCCAUUACAGAAGCAAAGAAGAAUCUCAAAGCUGUUCAAAAGUUUGUAAUGGAUGAAUUGAGAGACUCCUCUACUUCAAAAUCCGAAACAAAGAGUAAUUCCCCUCGAGGAAGAAAAUUCUCAUUCCUCUCAACUGUAGAUUCCGUCCUCAAAGGAAGUGAUAAAUGGAACAAGGGAUUGGAUGAUUUCCCAUAUUUAAUACAUAUCAUAGAACAAGGAUCACUGAAAAGUGAUAUAAUUUUAAAAGUUGGUAGAAUGUUAAGAAUAACUCCAAGAAAGAGAGCAACAAAGACUAAAGAUGAAAUUAGAAUGAAGAUUGUUAGAGAAGAUCUUGCACGUAGAAUGAAUCAAAUCCAAGUUGAAGAAAAAGAAAAUGAAAAAAGACAAGAAAGAAAUGUUAUUGCUCUUAAUGAACAAAAUAAGAAAUUUACAGAAAUUCACAAAAGAUCUGUACUUAAUGCAGACAUAACCAACCAAAUCAUUGCCAAACAAAUAGACAUCAUUGAGGAAGAGGAAGAAAUUGAAAGAGCAAAAAUAGAGCUCCAAAAGAAAAAAUCUGUUACUUUCAUUCCUGCUUUUUAUAUGGAAAAUCUAGUUAGAAAAGGUCUUGAACUGACACUUCGAGAAGACAGUGGAAAUCCACUAAUAGAAACAUCCUCAAGAUCUCCAAAAAAGAAAUCCACUAAGUUUUUCAGCUCUCGUGCCUCCAAAUCAGUAAAUAUUGAAGAUGUACCAUUAAAGAAUUGGACUAGCGAUAACUUUAAACAAUGGCUCACCGAUGAAGGCUAUGAAAAGAAGAAUGUUGUUACACCACUGGCCAAACAACAAUUUGAUGGUGCUGCACUGAUGCACAUCAAAGUGGAAGAUUUUACUGAUAGUGGUAUUCCUAAAGGAAGUGCACUCUCAAUCUUUAACAAAAUUGAAGAGUUAAAGAUCAAACAAAUUCAAACAGGACUUCUCCAAGAUUCCGUUGUACAAUUACCAUCCAUGGCUACCACAUCAACAACUGGCCAACCACAAACAAAUAGACCACUCCCAACAACUCCAACCACAAAUGCUCCUUCUUCAAAACCACCAUCCUAUGAUGAUGAUGAAGUUGGAGAUUCUCCAGUCGAUCCAAAUAGCAAAUAUAAUGAAAUUCUUUCUAAACCAAAUCAAAAGACAGAUGAAGAAGAGGAAGAUGAUAAAGAACUUGCACGUGAUUUGGAAGAUCGUCCAACAACAGGUAUCAAUAUGGGUACUACAUCAGGAGCAAGUAAUUUUGGAAGUAAGAGUGCUUCAACUGGUAUUCAAUCAUUUAAUCAAGUACCUGAAGCACCAUUGUGGAGUAUUAACGAAUUUUCUGCUAAUCAAAAGACAAACUUUGAAUUCUGUCUCACCAAGUUGGAUAAUCUGAAAGCACAAUAUGAUACUAACAUUAUUAGUACUAUUUGUCAAAAUUUGACCUUCCCAGAAAGAUUCCGUUACAAGUAUCUUAAUCCACAACGUUUGCCAAUCUAUGCAAAUCAAAGAGCAAAGGAUCAACCAUUUAUGAAGGUUAAGAUGGUUGUCACUGAAAUGGGUGACGGUGCUGCUCACCGUUUCGUCAGAAGAUUCGGCUCUUUAUUCAAGCACUCAACAAUUCAACAAAUGGAAUACGGAAUGUUCCACACUGCUUUAAUUAUUGGACCUUGGUAUUUGGAAUGGGGUGAUUCAUCUAUUGCCGUUGUUAGAAGUAAAUCUAGUUCCAAGGCUGUUUUUGCAGUUGAUGUUGCUAAGGUUAUGGGAUUGGAAAAUGUUGCUAAAUCUAUUGAUAAGAUUGCUUCUAUUUGUGCUCACUGGAAUGCUCACAAGACUUAUGAUAACAAGGCCUGUAACUGUCAACACUUUGUCAGUGCUGUUCUUGAAUAUCUUGGCCUCAGAGCUGAAUUUGAAAAGAAUAUUAAGGGUCCAUUGCGUGUAUACAUGGAUCGUCUGAAGAAUGAUGGUGUCUGUGAUAUGAGAUAUCAUCUCGAACCAACUAUUCAAGAUGCCAUUAUUAACAGCGAUUGUAGUGAAGAAUUGAAAAAGUUCGUGGCAGGUAAAUCAGUUACUUUCAAGACUCACAAAAUGUUGGACGAAUUUGUACAUACUAUUCAAAAGUGCAAACCACUCUACUUUGAUGCCAAUGGUAAAUAUGAUUACAUGUUACUCAAGUCAUUCGAUAGAGCUUUCUGGUUGCGUGCUCAAUCAUCGAAGGAGGCCGAAAAUCCAGAUGUUAAACCUUGGACUGCUGAUAAUGGUGAUUGUUUGUGUCCUUUCAAUGGAAGUGUUGAUACAGAAAUUAAUAACAGUAUUGUUGGUAAGGAUUACGAAGUCGAAGAUGUAAGAAUUCCACUCCCAGUCUUUAGAAAGAAAUAAAUUAUUUAUUAUGUCAU